AUGACCGUCGUGAUCAAGGACCCCGAGCCCAUUGACAUCUUCCCCGUUGACAACUACCAGAUACAGAGCACCUCGAUACAGCCCGAGGAGGACUCGUCUGUGGCUGAUCGCAUGCACCGUCUCCAGGACCAGUACGAGGAGACUGGUAUGCGCCGCUCGGUCGACGCGGUGAUCGUGUGCCAUGACCACGGCUUCCCCUGCAUCCUCACCCUCCAAGUUGCCAACGACUUCUUCAAGCUCCCUGGAGGCUACCUCGACCCCUCGGAGGACGACGAGACCGGCAUGGUUCGCCACCUGCGCGACCUCCUCAACACGGCUGGCAAACCGGCGACCGAGCAGCCCCAGUGGGAGGUGCGCGACCUUCUCUCCAUCUGGUGGCGCCCCAACUUUGACGGCUUCUUCUACCCGUACAAGCCCGCGCACAUCACCAUUCCCAAGGAGCGCAAGAAGAUCUUCCUGGUCACCGUGCCGCCCAAGAUCAGCAUCGGUGUCCCGCUCAACAUGAAGCUCCUCGCUAUCCCGAUCCACGAGUUUUACGACAACACGCAGCGCUACGGGCCGCAGCUCAGUGCCAUCCCCCACCUUCUCAGCCGCCUGACUUUCUCUGCCAAGGACUAGGCCACCUCAGCCGCUCCCUCCCCACCCAUACCCACGUACCUCGGCCUUUAACACAUUCAUUCUACCCGGAGCCUACCUACCGCGUCCCACUACGUAGCACGUUCACGAAUAGCCACGGACAUGUAUA